AUGGUCGCCAUCACCCUCCCGCUCCUAGCAGCCCUCGCAGCGAACCCGUCGCGACUCGGCAUCGUCUGCGCGCGCUUCAAAGAAUCUCUCGAUCCCUGGGCACCCGUCGCCGCUUCCACAUACCUCUACUCCAAAGGCGGCGUGCCCCAGACGAACGACACCGUGCAGCACUCCUCCUUCCGCUCUUACGUAUCCCUCCGCAACAUCGGACGAGAAGGCCACACUCACCUCUACCAUAUCGUAAACAACUACGACACGCUCGACGACAUCAUGAUUUUCACGCAGGCGGACCCCUUCGACCUCAUCGCACCCGUCGUAAACACGACGGAACAGAUGGUGCAGAAGGCGAUGAGCGUCCCCGCGGACGACGUGACGCCCUUCAACGACGCGCUGUUCCACGAUGUUGCGGACUGGGGCCGGAUCGACUGGAACAGCUCGGCGCAGAAGCUGUGGAUCACGGCUAGUCAGAUCAAAAGUUUGCAACUUGCGCCAUACACGCCGGCGCAGUUCUGGACGAUGGUGGUGGGCGGAGAGCAUCCGCCGGCGAUUCGGGCGAUGCACGGCGGGACGUUUGCUGUACGGCGAGAGACGAUUCGGAAGUUGCCCAAGGAGGCGUAUCGAAAGGCGCUGGAUGAAUUCGAGACGACGAAUUCAACGAAUCCGGAGGUUGGGUUCUUCAUGGAGCGCAUGUGGGCUCCGAUGUUCUCAGAGAAGUACCGGCUGCCGAGUGUGCAGAAUCCGUGA